AUGUAUGCCGCCGUCGAGCACGAGAGGUCCCAGCCGCUACCUCACCAGCCACCACCGCUUUCUAUGGAUCGCAUUCCUCCCCCAGCGCCUGUGUACCCGACAAGUGCAACCGGUGGUCCGCUGCGCUCUACCGAACAUCUCCAGCCCGUGUCGACCGUCCACGAUGGGCGCAUCUGGUCGCUGCAUGUCGUCCAGCAGCCCAUCCGAGCUCGCAUGUGUGGCUUCGGCGACAAGGACCGAAGACCGAUCACGCCGCCUCCGUGUAUCAGGCUCGUCGUGAAGGAUGCCAGUACGGAUAAAGAGAUCGACAUCAACGAAAUCGACACUUCCUUCUAUGUGCUCACGGUCGAUUUGUGGAACGCCGAAGGGAGCAGCGAGGUUAACCUGGUUCGCCAUUCCGCCAACUCUCCGUCAAUCUCCACCGCUACGUCCUCAUCGUACCCUCCGCCUCCGCAACAGAACAUGUCGCCUACGUAUCCUUCUUAUGGCCAGAACCCGUACGGGCAGCAAAUGGGGUAUCCUCAGGUCAACUACUACGGCCAAAACCAGAUGUACCAAAACCCAUACGGCAACCCGCAGGCCCCUUACUACGGUGGUGGGAGCUACUACCAAGGCAUGCAGCAGCCCAAUUUAUCCGCCCAGUCUGCUGCGCCCGGGGGCAUGUUCACACGUAAUCUUAUUGGCAGUCUCAGCGCGAGCGCUUUUCGAUUGACCGACCCUGACAACAAAAUCGGUGUCUGGUUUAUCUUGCAGGACCUCAGUGUCCGCACCGAAGGGAAUUUCCGACUCAAGAUGAACUUUGUUAAUGUUGGGACAUCGCAUUCCCCGGAUGCCAACGGCGCACCCAUUCUCAAUCACGGCUCGGCUCCGGUAUUAGCUUCCGUCUUCUCUGAGCCGUUCCAGGUUUUCUCUGCCAAAAAGUUCCCCGGCGUGAUCGAGAGCACGCCAUUGAGCAAAUGCUUUGCGUUGCAAGGCAUCAAAAUCCCCAUCCGCAAGGACGGCGUCAAGGGCCGAGGAGGCGGCGGGGAUGGCGACGACGAUUACGACUAA